AUGGCUCGGACACCCACCAAAACAACGUUGAACAACGUUCUACGUACACCACCACCGACUUUAUACCGCCGGCAAGAUGAUCAACCACCUGCAAGAAAAGAAUUAACCCCCUCUGACCAUCAAGCCACAGAGACGGAAGAAGCUUCAGUCAGUGACGAGAUCGAUACAAUCACAGUGACUAUAACUCCAGUAACGACUGUCUACCCUGACGAGAACCAGCAGGAGACGGAGACAGUGACAAAAAGCUAUAAGCUCACUCCUGCUACUACACCAAUACCUUUGGCAGAUAAGAUGGGAUUGAUCAUGCCUAACCCUUGGUCACAUCUAUAUACCGGCUUGAAUUACAGUUUCGGUUUUGUUGAUCCUGUUCCCAGACCUGCACCUACUGCUGGAGGAUGGUUGAGGGUGGUUCAGCCUUUAUUGGUAUUCCCAAACUAUACUGUGGCAGUAUUCCCCAGUAUAGGGACGGAAGAUCCAACUUCGGUAGAUGCUAUCCCAGUGGGAAGUGAUGGAUUAUGCGGAGCAACAGCGGAGAACUACGCUGUUGCAUGGCCAUUUAUCUUUCUGGAACAUGGUUGGUAUAUGUUUGUGAUCAAUCAGACUUACAUGCAAGUCAAUGUGACAUCAAGUAACCAAUGUACCUUCCCUAUCCUUCAGCAGGGGUCCUUUUUCGCCACUCAGACAUUCUCGAUCGGUCCUGCUCCAACGUACAGUCCAGGUCCAGUUGCACCAUCAUCUGGAUAUACGGUCUUUGCGGAGGUAUCUACACACACGCCUAGUGAUUUACCCAUCGAUCCGCAUCAUGCAAGUAAAGGAGAGAAAUUGGCUAUCGCUUUGGGUGUUACCGGUGCCAUCUUGGGUAUAGCAAUCAUAAUAGCUGUAAUGUGGUUUAUCAGGAAAAAGAGGAAAAUGGAAAGAGAGUCGCUCGCGUUUUCUCGAUUAUCGCCAAAAGAUCAAGAGGCCUUCUUGCGUGAAAAUCCAGAUUCAUUCCUGAACCCGAACCAUCCGAGGUACACAGCGAAGAAUGGUGGAUAUGGGAAUACCGGACCACCUGCUCCUCCCGGAACGAUGGCUUAUGCUAUAUGGUGGUCUCAGCAGAUGUGGAACAAUCAGAUGGCUAAUUGGCAGAAUCCCAAUAUGGCUCAGUAUAGCGCUGCGCCUCAGAUGGCUCAGACGCAGAUCCCCAGUAUGAUGGGUCAUCCCCAGUGGACAGGGGGCCAGGGGAUGUAUGGUGGAGGGAACAUGGCGGGUCAAGGGUAUAGGAGAGGGAAUGGUAUGUACCAGUAUGGGCGAUAG